AUGGGGAAGGUAGGCGUGGGCCAACCAGGACGAGGACGGCCGUCAGCUGCAGUCUGCGCCCUCACCACUCAUGUCGCCCUGCUGCCGUUCUGCCGAGAGCAAACAGCAACGCUGGUGUUGCAGGGGUGCCCUGAUCACGUGCUGUACUUUUUCCUCGGCUCUGGACAUCGCUACAAGACAGUCGGUCGCUCGAUCACUCGGUCGGCGGUCGUGCACAAUGGCAUGAUUCCUUGUUCGUGGCCUACCUACCGAGAUGUGCUGUCAGGGAGGCCCGCGCCGCUGCGACUGCGAGUCUUUGCAAACGACGACGAAAGCAAGAAUGAACGAAUGAAUGUCUUUUCCAUUUAUUGCAGUCCACUUCGAACUUCGUCCAUCGCCAGGACACCGUUGUCGUCAUUGUCGUCGGGCAGCAAGUGGACGCGAGGUGCCAGAUGGUCGUUCGUUUUUUCUGUCGCCGGCGCUUCCGGGUGGCCAGUGCCCGGUACGGUCGCCCAACCGUGCUACUGUGGCGGUCUCAAAUGCUUACCAAUUAUUUGA